GCGAAUAGAGAAGUUGAUACAUUUCCAAUUGCCUACAUAUAACAGCAUAUUUAAUGAAGGUGACACAGAGCUCAUGUAUGAAGUGGGAGGGUUUGUUGUUUAUCACUAUUUUUAUGUCUCCUGCAGUGGAUUGUCUGAUGUUGGCUGACUGAUUGUCAUAGAUAGGCCUACUGGUUGUUGUGGUCAAGGGCACACAUGGCCCAUACAGUGCAGGAUCACCAGAGAGCCUUGCCCCCGGCUGCAGUGCUGUCUCGCCCUCCCUCCGGCCAGGCUAAAGUGAGUCCCCCUCAGCCCCCAGCCCCUACCUCAUGGGUUUUCCCUGAUGCAGAGUUGCAUUGCAGUCAGCCAGGCAGGCAGGCCUACAUACCACAUCAUUGUUUAUAGCAGGAUCAUGCAGGCCAAGACCAGCCAGCUGAAGGCUGCCAAACAUGUUUACCACAACAGCCAGUAGCAUGGGAGAUCCUGGCACAGGGUAAUGUGGUCAGAGUGGACUAGACUAGAAGUAGUACCAAAUGGCACUGGCAACAUUAGUCAUCACCUCUGUUUUGCAAAUUCUUCAAUUGCCCAAGAGAGCAACAAAGAGCAGUACAGAAGUGGGUCAAGUCAAAACUUGCCAGCCUAUGCAUUGCUGCUGGGCUCUAUGCAAAUUCCCAGUGUGGCCUCAAAAUACUUGUCUCCCCUGCAUCCCAAACACACCUUAUCAUGGAAUUUAUUGGGUCCAACUAGCUUUUACAGCCUCCACACACACCCUGACCCCUGACUGUCUCUAAGCUCAGGGGUCAACCUCAACGCUGAUACAGACGACUGACACACACACACACACACACAUACAUACAUACAUACAUACAUACAUACAUACAUACAGUGGGGAAAAAAAGUAUUUAGUCAGCCACCAAUUGUGCAAGUUCUCCCACUUAAAAAGAUGAGAGAGGCCUGUAAUUUUCAUCAUAGGUACACGUCAACUAUGACAGACAAAAUGAGAAAAAAAAUUCCAGAAAAUCACAUUGUAGGAUUUUUUAUGAAUUUAUUUGCAAAUUAUGGUGGAAAAUAAGUAUUUGGUCAAUAACAAAAGUUUCUCAAUACUUUGUUAUAUACCCUUUGUUGGCAAUGACACAGGUCAAACGUUUUCUGUAAGUCUUCACAAGGUUUUCACACACUGUUGCUGGUAUUUUGGCCCAUUCCUCCAUGCAGAUCUCCUCUAGAGCAAUGAUGUUUUGGGGCUGUCGCUGGGCAACACAGACUUUCAACUCCCUCCAAAGAUUUUCUAUGGGGUUGAGAUCUGGAGACUGGCUAGGCCACAACAGGACCUUGAAAUGCUUCUUACGAAGCCACUCCUUCGUUGCCCGGGCGGUGUGUUUGGGAUCAUUGUCAUGCUGAAAGACCCAGCCACGUUUCAUCUUCAAUGCCCUUGCUGAUGGAAGGAGGUUUUCAUUCAAAAUCUCACGAUACAUGGCCCCAUUCAUUCUUUCCUUUACACGGAUCAGUCGUCCUGGUCCCUUUGCAGAAAAACAACCCCAAAGCAUGAUGUUUCCACCCCCAUGCUUCACAGUAGGUAUGGUGUUCUUUGGAUGCAACUCAGCAUUCUUUGUCCUCCAAACACGACGAGUUGAGUUUUUACCAAAAAGUUCUAUUUUGGUUUCAUCUGACCAUAUGACAUUCUCCCAAUCCUCUUCUGGAUCAUCCAAAUGCACUCUAGCAAACUUCAGACGGGCCUGGACAUGUACUGGCUUAAGCAGGGGGACACGUCUGGCACUGCAGGAUUUGAGUCCCUGGCGGCGUAGUGUGUUACUGAUGGUAGGCUUUGUUACUUUGGUCCCAGCUCUCUGCAGGUCAUUCACUAGGUCCCCCCGUAUGGUUCUGGGAUUUUUGCUCACCGUUCUUGUGAUCAUUUUGACCCCACGGGGUGAGAUCUUGCGUGGAGCCCCAGAUCGAGGGAGAUUAUCAGUGGUCUUGUAUGUCUUCCAUUUCCUAAUAAUUGCUCCCACAGUUGAUUUCUUCAAACCAAGCUGCUUACCUAUUGCAGAUUCAGUCUUCCCAGCCUGGUGCAGGUCUACAAUUUUGUUUCUGGUGUCCUUUGACAGCUCUUUGGUCUUGGCCAUAGUGGAGUUUGGAGUGUGACUGUUUGAGGUUGAGGACAGGUGUCUUUUAUACUGAUAACAAGUUCAAACAGGUGCCAUUAAUACAGGUAAUGAGUGGAGGACAGAGGAGCCUCUUAAAGAAGAAGUUACAGGUCUGUGAGAGCCAGAAAUCUUGCUUGUUUGUAGGUGACCAAAUACUUAUUUUCAACCAUAAUUUGCAAAUAAAUUCAUUAAAAAUCCUACAGUGUGAUUUUCUGGAUUUUUUUUUCUCAAUUUGUCUGUCAUAGUUGACGUGUACCUAUGAUGAAAAUUACAGGCCUCUCUCAUCUUUUUAAGUGGGAGAACUUGCACAAUUGGUGGCUGACUAAAUACUUUUUUCCCCCACUGUACAUACAUACAUACAUACAUACAUACAUACAUACAUACAUACAUACAUACAUACAUACAUACAUACAUACAUACAUACAUACAUACAUACAUACAUACAUACAUACAUACAUAAACACAACACACACACACACAGAUAUAGCUGCUUUUCUUGAAGCAUCUAGGACCAGCUAAGGCUUAUCUCCAUCUCUAGUUAGAGGCAGGGAAAAGCUGUUUGCACGUGUAUAUUUGCCAUUCUCUAUCUGGGUUAUAAUGGGAGUGCUGUGCACGAGAGUAGCCUACAAGAUACAAUGACAUGGUGCAUUACUACUCUGUAUUAUGACUAUAAGAACAUAUUAUAUAUUAUAUUUUAUUUAUUUUAUUAGUUAUACCAUUUUAAAUAUUGAUUACUGCACUGUUUGGUAGAGGUCACAAGUUAAGCAUUUCACUGUACUUCUGCAUGUGACAAUAAAACUUGAACAUGAAGAAAUGUAUAAAUGGUGGAGGAGAGGUUUACUACAGUCGACUGUAAAGUGGGUUAGUAAGCUGCAGAAAGACAGUUCAGAUUACACUCUGGCAGUCCAGGCACAUGAGAAACCUUAAGCCUACAUGUGAUUCCAUGUGAUACCCUUAGCCUAUAUCUGCAGCCAGUGAUAAUGCCAUGUUAGAGUCUCCAUUACUGCAGGAGUGUGAGUUAUGGAGUAUGUUUUUGACUGAUAUCAUUUCAAAGUGUGUUUGUCUUUAGUGUCCUGUGUGAAGUUGAGUACUUAGUGUUUCUUUCUGUGUGCAGAGAUUAACAGUGUUGGACACCCUGCUAUGUGGAGCGUUCGCAGGUGCUGUGGCCAAAACUGUCAUAGCUCCUCUGGACAGAACCAAGAUCAUCUUCCAAGGUAAGUCAAUUUCUCUGGAAGAACAUGCAUUAGGAAUACAAAGUAAGGGUUCCUUUCAGAAAUACUUAUUUCAUUGUUAGUAUCUUUACCAGUGAUUAUGCCUUAAUACAUAUUUCAUUGUUACUAUCUAUACCAGUUAUUAUGCCUUAAUACAUAUUUAAUUGUUAGUAUCUUUACCAGUUAUUAUACCUUAAUACAUCUUUUCCUCCUCCUACUUUAGUGUCCUCACAAAGAUUCUCUGCUAAGGUGAGUCUAUUACAAGUCUCUUAUAUAACUUGCAUUAAACUAAAUAAAGAUGCACUUGAUGUUUAGUAUGCAUGCUGCCAUAAGGGUGAAUCCUAACUUCCACUUAAAUAAAAAAUUAACCUUGUCUCCCAUUGACUUCAAUGCAUGACUAAGUGAAAAAGUUAGCAUUCACCCCAAGGUGUGUUGACUGUCUUGUAGAGUUAGUGUUAAAGGGAUACUACGUGUUUCUACUUACCCAGGGUCAGAUGAAGUAGUGGAUACUAUUUGUAUGUCUCUGUGUGCAGUAUGAAGGAAGUUAGUGGUAGUUUCAUGAGCGAAUGCUAACCAGCGUUAGCGCAAUGACUGGAAGUCUACAGGUACGGUAGCAUUGUUGUGUUGCUGUGUGUGUACCCCCAGGAAGCCUUCAGACUCAUCUAUUGUACGUACAUGAAAGAUGGCUUCCUCAGCCUGUGGAGGGGCAACUCUGCAACCAUGGUGCGGGUCAUCCCCUACGCUGCCAUCCAGUUCUGCUCCCAUGAUCAGUACAAGGGAAUACUGGGGAGAUACUAUGGCUUCCAGGGAAAGUGAGUAGAGUUCUCAUCAGUGUAAAGAAUUGAGAAUACACACACUGUUUAAUGUAGCACCAUUUGACCUCUGGUGGUCUCCAUCAGCCUCCAAGGCAACCCUUCAGUGAUCAUUCUUGAACAGAACAAAUCAUUUUCUCUACUGUGACAAUUCCUAAUAAUACAAUGAUACGCAUUCAUUGUAGAAACCAUAGAUGUUCUCUAAUGUGAUGGAAUCCAUCUUGUCUGUUUCAGAGCCCUGCCUCCUUUUCCACGUUUCCUGGCAGGAUCAUUGGCUGGCACCACGGCGGUCAUGCUCACCUAUCCCCUGGACAUGGUGCGGGCCAGGAUGGCAGUGACGCCCAGGCAAAUGUAGGGCACUCCGAUAACGCUCGUAAUUGUUUUAUCUUUGAAUGUAAAAACAUAUGUGCAGGUGGCUCCCCUUUGCACACUUGUUCAAUGUCCAACAGGCAUAUACUGUAGGUUAGUAUAGGUCAUGUUACUAUCCUAAUCUAAUGUCCUUAUAGGUUAAUAUCCUUCUCUUAUCGUUCUUGUUUUGGUUGCAGGUACAGCAACAUCAUGCACGUGUUUGUGCGCAUCACUCAGGAGGAGGGCAUAAAUACCCUAUACAGAGGCUUCUGCCCGACCAUCUUGGGAGUGAUCCCAUACUCAGGAAUCACCUUCUUCACAUACGAGACCCUCAAGAAACUGCAUGCAGGUACAGACUUUAAAAAAUAAAUAAUGAUCUUUAUUGGAAAAUCAACUUUUUAAUGAAGGACUGAGAUUCACUUAAUUUGAUCUCUCUCUUUCUCUCGCCGUCUGCCACCCCUCACUCCAGAGAGGACUAAACGGUCCCAGCCGUACUCCUACGAGCGUUUGGCGUUCGGUGCGUGCGCCGGCCUGAUCGGCCAGUCGGCCUCUUACCCGCUGGAUGUGGUUCGCCGACGCAUGCAGACGGCCGGGGUGACGGGCCAACAGUACGGCAGCGUCCUGGGCACCAUGAAGACGAUCGUGGUGCAGGAAGGGGUGGUGCGUGGACUCUACAAGGGCCUCAGUAUGAACUGGAUCAAAGGGCCAAUCGCUGUGGGGGUCAGCUUUACCACCUUUGACCUUAUGCACAACCUCCUGCACAAGAUGCACCAGCUGGGAUACUUCACACACUGA